UCUACCUACCUGGCUCAGUUCUCUAUAACAUAACAUGAGGGCUAGACGCCACACUGGUAAUCCAUGUCACUAUGAACAGCAGAUGAAGAGACGUGGUGGGAUAUCGUUUGACCGUUCAGACAAGACCGCCUUGUAUGUGCGCAUGCUGGGUGAUGUCCGAGUAAGGCCCAAACCUGACACACGGACGGAUAAACGACAGGCGUCGCUAACAGAGGCGGAGCACCGCAGUUUAGAAAAAUUAGCUUUAAAAGAGUACAAGACAAGGUGUGGUUUGAGAUUCCGCAGUGUUCACAAAUCCAGCCGUCAUCGUCAGCCAAUCAUGAAGCUUUCUCCUGAAAUCAUCUCUUUGCUAGAUGGCCAUUACAGUGGCCAAGCACAGUGCCUUUUAAGCUGUGCUGGUGAUUGGACAUUUGAUGUGUUCCAACUGGACAGAGUGACCGGUGGACGUUCACUUCUCCAUGUCGCCUUACAUGUGUUCCAGGAGCAUGAUCUCAUUCGAACCUUCCAGCUGGAUAUUGUCAAACUUAUGAGAUGUAUCACAUUGGUUGAAGAAGGUUACCACGGUGAUAAUCCAUAUCAUAAUGCUGUUCACGCUGCGGAUGUUACACAGGCUAUGCAUUGCUACCUCCUUGAGAAGAAGCUCAAAGAUUAUCUUACUCCAAUAGAAAAACUUGUGGCCAUCUUUGCUGCCAUGACACAUGACCUUGAUCAUCCAGGGGUCAACCAGGCAUUCCUCAUAGCAACAACCAAUCAUCUCGCUUCAUUGUAUAAUAAUAGCUCUGUACUUGAAAAUCAUCACUGGAGAACGGCUAUCGCUGUGCUACACGAGUCUGAACUGCUCAAUUCCCUAGAUGCUCAACAGUGGCAGAGUAUAGAGUGGCAGCUGAGGUCACUGAUACUGGCCACAGAUAUUACCCGUCAACAAGAAUUCCUCACCAGGUUCAAGAAAAUCCUUGAUGGAGAAGCGGAUUUUGAAUAUGAAAACAACUUUGAACACAGACAUUUCCUUCUUCAGAUUGCGUUGAAGUGUGCUGAUAUUUGCAACCCUUGUCGUCCCUGGGAAGUCAGCAAACGCUGGGGACAACAGGUGUGUGAGGAAUUCUUCAAACAAGGUGACUGUGAGAGACAGCUUCAGCUACCUGUCACCCCUAACUGUGAUAGAAACCUCACAACUGUGGCCAAAAUAAAUGCUGGUUUCAUGGAGUAUGUGUGUUGUCCAUUGUUCAGAGAAUGGCACAGAUUUGAUCCGUCAGAAACCAGCGCAAAAAUGUUAGAAAAUAUAAACUAUAACCAGAGAAAAUGGCAGGGUGUGAUAGAAGCAGAGAAAGAGCAGAUGAUAGUUCCCCCUGUCAAAGUGCUGGGCAAAAUACAACUUGGUAAUGCUGACAGUAGUUCUAACAGUGCUGAUGCAUUGGGCGACAGGAAUGACGAUGACAAGGAGAACUGUCCUCUGGAGGAACAGCCCGAGGAGGAAGGGGAAAUCGUGGAAAUCACCCAGUACAGGACCAUAGUGUUUGGUGAAAUUGAACCUAGACAGGAGGAGGAGCUUCAGUCUACAUGUCGCAGCUUGUCACCUGUCUCGGAGGACUUGUCUGUCAAAGGACGGCCUGUGGCAUUGUCUGGGCGACGUCACAGCAUGCCUCACUCAGUCAUACGGCGGGAGUACACACGCCUGACAGUGCGGCGGGAGAGCUUCCCAAGGGCACAAUACUCCCGCCGUAGGAGUCUGCCCAAAACACCCAUCUAUCAAGCUACCUCAUUUGACACUCUUGUGGGCAAACUGUCCAUGUACGAUGGAGAGAGACCUCCGUCUAAUGGGAACAAAACGUUGUCCUUAGAAACUCUCAUCUCCAGACCCAAGAUCUCCAACCUGAGUCCCAAUGUGGAGGCCAGUCAGCUUGUUACUAGCUUGUCUAAGAGACGCGACCUCUUCCACGUCGUGUCUCAGAAUCCUCCUGAUCAGAUCAAGGCCUUCUCCUAUCGCAGGCCUUCCUCCCCCAACCCCGUGCGGCAUCUUGAGCUGGCUGCCAUCCAGCGGGGCGGAGUCACGCCUACUUCCAUUACCUCAGGGGAUGUCCCAUCACAAACCACAACAACAUCAAUGCAGUCCAGUUGUAGUGAACCCAUCAGCCUCUCUCAGUCACACAUGAGGAGCCGGUCAGAACACCACUGACCAGGGCACUAUUGUUAGCUCUACUCCAUCUUUCUCAGGAAUUUUCCAGGGUAAUGUCAGGAAAGUGCUGACAAAGAGAGCCAGUGGUUCUCCUGAAAGGCUGAACAGUUCCGAGUGAUCUCGCAAACCCAUGUUAACAAUGGAGGUAAUUUUCCUGAAAAUGGCACAAGUGAUCAUGGUUGAAAUCUCACCUGGGUGCAUGGAACUGAUCCAGUGCAGGUGAUUUAGUGGUGCAGGAGUCAUUUUUGCACAUAGAACUGAUCCAGUGCAGGUGGUCUCAUGGUGCAGGAGAUGACAUCAUAGUUGAGGAGUCGUUCGUUGGGCCUCCCAAAGUUGAGGAAUCAUUCACGUACUUAGGGACAUUUGGUUCAAAUGAUAUCGUUGGUGAGGAGUCAAUUGUGUGCAUAGAGCAGCUGUAGUGCAAAAGAUCUCAGAGUGCAGGAGUCAUUUAUGUACCUGGAGUAGACCCAGUACAAGUGAUCUCAUGAGUGCGGUGUCAUUUUGGCUCCUAGAAUAUAUCUGAAAGGAUCUUGUACAUCUUGUUUAGUGGAAUUCAUCAUUUCCAGUGCAUUGUGAAAGCUGUGAAGACGUACAUGUAAGAUCUUUGUAACUGCCGAAUAAGGUGCCAGUGAGCUAGCCUGGUUAGUUGUCUCCCUUUUAAUAGUAUGCAGCCAGCUAAUAACUGAUCUUUGUCUCAUUGACCAAGAAUGAGAUGUUUUGUCAAAGGUGAUGAACUGUGAGAUAUACCCCAUUUUGAGAUGAGCAGUUUGAGGGAGAUGAACAGUAAAUGAGGCGUAUCCCUCAGAGAGGAAUGAACAGUGAGAUGCAUGUACAUGUAUUCAGCAUAUGGAAAAGUGAGGUGUUCUUCAAAGAGGAAUGGACCAUGAGAUAUUCAACAUAUGGAAAUUUGAGGUGCUCAUCAAAGAGGAAUGAACAGUGAGAUAUUCAACUUAUGGAAAUUUGAGGUGUUCUUCAAAGAGGAAUGGAGAAUGAGAUAUUCAACUUAUGGAAAAAUGAGGUGUUCUUCAAAGAGGAAUGGACCAUGAGAUAUUCAACUUAUGGAAAAGUGAGGUGUUCUUCAAAGAGGAAUGAACAGUGAGAUAUUCAACUUAUGGAAAUUUGAGGUGUUCUUCAAAGAGGAAUGGAGAAUGAGAUAUUCAACUUAUGGAAAAAUGAGGUGUUCUUCAAAGAGGAAUGGACCAGGAGAUAUUCAACAUAUAGAAAUUUGAGGUGUUCUUCAAAGAGGAAUGAACAGUGAGAUAUUCAACAUAUGGAAAUUUGAGGUGUUCUUCAAAGAGGAAUGGACCAUGAGAUAUUCAACUUAUGGAAAUUUGAAUUGUUCUUCAAAGAGGAAUUUACCAGGAGAUAUUCAAGAUAUGGAAAUUUGAGGUGCUCUUCAAAGAGGAAUGGACCAGGAGAUAUUCAACAUAGGAAAAUGAACAAUUUGAGAUGUUCUUCACUGAGAAAUGGACCAUGAGAUGUUAACCCUGAGAGUAUGAAUUGUGUGGGUUUGUCCUCGAACAGAAUUCAUCUGUGAAAUGCAGUUAAACAGCAUGAGCUAUUCUCAUUUCAUAGUAGAAACUGUAAUGCUUAAUACUUUUUUAACUUGUUAAGGCAGCUGUUGCAGCAUUCAGUCAUUUGACAACAGACGGUUCAGUCAUUUGACAGCAGACGGUUCAGUCAUUUGACAACGGACCGUUUUGUCAUUUGACAACAGACCAUUCACUCAUUUGACAAAAGACGGUUCAGUCAUUUGACAACAGACGGUUCCGUCAUUUGACAACAGACGGUUCCGUCAUUUGACAACAGACCAUUCACUCAUUUGACAACAGGGGGUUAUACUACCAUGUGCUGAAGCAUCAUAACGUUAUGUUUGUUUUCUUGCUACGACUGUGAAGGGUAUUUUAUAUUGGAAUUUUACUGUUGACUCUCCGACCCCCCACCCCAGCCUCCACAAACUUGGGUGGGAGUCACAGGCUACAGUGUUAACCAUUCACAUUGCUUGCUGGGCACAUAGAGACAUCAUGAAGAGGUGGGCAGCUUUCAAAUCAACAUGGACACCUUACUCCAGAGAACAAUAAGCACAGAUCUCAAUGUUAGUAGGACAUUCCACACCGUGACCUCAAUUCACAAACAGCAGCUUGGUACAGAUAUUACAGGCUAGUUUUGGUAAAACUCAUGUCUAGAUUCCCCCUAACACCCCCCCCCCCACCCCCCGACAGUUAAACUCAAAUCCUAUACAAGUGGUGUGUCUUUGAGAGAAAACAGUUACAGUUGCCAACAUCUGUAUUUGUAAAUGAAAAUGUUUUUGCUUCCUCAGUGAUUGCAACAAGAUUUAAAUACUUUUGUAUCAGUUCCUGAAUCCCAUUUACAGGCAUUUACGUUGGCUGAAUUUGUGAUCAUGGAGAUGCAUAGAGGUGUGUACCUGUAGACCCAUUCCUUUAGCAGAAUAAAAUCAUAAUAUUUCUUGUUGUACCUAAAAUGUGCCUGGUUUGCUAUCCAGAAUGUUUCCAUGGCUUAUUUCAUGUAUACUAUUUGUAACAUGUCUUGUUUCUCUGAUAUUUACACUGUUACUAUAAGACUAAGAACAUAUGGAAGGUGUUGACAGAACUGCACAAGUGUUAGGAAUGGUUGUGGACUGGUCGUGGAUAGCCUGACAAACUUUGUUGUGAAUGUAGGAAACAGGUAGUUAAGCCUAUCUGUGGUUGUAAUAGAUUAUGCCUUGAAUUAUGGCCAAAGGUUGUUGUAAUGCAGUAUGCUUUGAUGCAGUACAUCUACAUUGUGGCUGUAAAUCAUUCGCUGCAAUACGUGUGACUUGUAUGUUCUCAUUUGAAAAACUAGCUGUUCAGUACUAGAAGUAGAAAUAGGCAAGGAUAUUAAAUCAUGACCAUGGAAACUGAGAUAUACAAUCAUAAGGAUAUCCAGGAAAGGCUGAAUUGAUCGGAAACAUGAAACUAAACAUUUUCCAGUGGCAAUAGUUUUUAGCAGGCAAGAAGUUUUUAUCAUAUUGUUUGCAAAUUAGGGUUGUGGGAGUACAUGUAAAUGCAGCAAGAAGCAUGGACAAGAACUGAUCUUGGCAGCUACCAUUUUCCUCUACCUCUGUUGGGGCAUUACAUGGCAUAGCCUGAGUUUUCCAGAUUGUCAAUGAGACGUGAAUGAACAAUUUAGACUUACGACAAGAAAUACCUUGCCCAUGAAGUAGCAAAGACAAUUAGCUUUUCCUAAGUUACGACUUGCAUUACAGUCCUGAUGGCAUCCAAGAAGAUGUUGGAUUAGAAAUUUGGGAAUAAGAUAAUGCUGUAGUCUCCUUGAUGUAGACACAGCCAGUCUUAAACUGUGCAAGAUGUUAGCACCACGCAUUGAUGUAGGCUCAGUCUUGCGCUGUGUAAGAUGUUAGCACCACACGUUGACGUAGGCUCAGCCAGUCUUACACCGUGUAAGAUGUUAGCACCACACAUUGAUGUAGGCUCAGCUAAUCUUAUGCUGUAUACAAUGUUUGCACCACGCGUUGAUGUAGGCUCAUCCAGUCUUACACUGUGUAAAAUGUUAGCACCACACGUUGACGUAGGCUCAGCCAGUCUUACACUGUGUAAGAUGUUAGCACCACACGUUGACGUAGGCUCAGCCAGUCUUACACCGUGUAAGAUGUUAGCACCACACAUUGAUGUAGGCUCAGCUAAUCUUACGCUGUAUACAAUGUUUGCACCACGCGUUGAUGUAGGCUCAGCCAAUCUUACACUGUGCAAGAUGUUAGCACCACGCGCUGAUGUAGGCUCAGCCACUCUUACACUGUGUAAGAUGUUAGCACCCCGCGUUGAUGUAGGCUCAGUCUUACACUGUGUAAGAUGUUAGCACCACACGUUGAUGUAGGCUCAGCCAAUCUUACACUGUGUAAGAUGUUAGCACCACACGCUAGUAUUAGACUCCGUCAAUCUUAACACAUGUUGAUGUAUACUGAUAUUGGCCUGAGGGCAAUAAGCCAUACUGGUUCAGUUUCAGGCCAGUGGAAUAUAAAUCACAAAAAUCUCAGAGAAGCAAAAUCAAACUAAAAUCUUAUCAAAAAUUAAUGCCAGAGCUGUUUUUUUUUUCCUUUGAUGGAUAAAUCAGUGAAUUAGUGGAACGUUUAUUCCUUGGAUGGGUCAUCAAUUGAUACAUGGUUGUGAGUAAUGCUUUCCUAGCUACACAUUUCAUGGUGCUAUUUAUUUUCUAUCUGAGCUUGUGUGUUAUAUUUUUGUCAUCUGUGCCCAUAAGUCUAGGUUUACAUGGACUCAAGUUGGGCAAACCUGGUCAUGGGUAGAGCCGCUUUCCUCCCACCAUGAUGCUGGCCACCGUUGUACACGUACAGGUGCAUUACUCUUGCAUAUGGUGUAACAAGUUAACAUGGAGAUGCACGUACAUGGUGAUAAUGUAUUCUAGACAGGAUAUGACAGUAGAACUAGAUUUUGUGUCAUUCUGGUUUGUAUAGUGUAAAAGCUGUUGUGAGUUGACGCCAUGUUUUGGAUGGGUGUAACUUCUCUUUGGUAACUGUUAACUGCACAGCUGAACACCGUGGUUGUCAUUGGCGAAAGAUAGCAUCAUCCUGGAUAUGCACAUGCACUCUAGACAAACACUCCCAAGUUCCAUCACAUCAACAUGCUGGCACUUUUAAACUCUUCAUGUUCUCUGCGUCUUUCUGAUAGAUGCACUUUUUAUGUGGCACACAAGCCCACAUACAACAAAUGAUGAUCACUGAUAUACGUAAAUGUUGCCAUAGUUACUGAACUGUUUUGUAUGUUCGAGGUAUUCCAUCUCUCAUUCAGUAUUUUCUAGCCAGCCGCACUUAGAUAGCCUUUCAUAAAACUCCUUACGUGCAAGUUUAACAUUUUGUAACCUUUCAUGCAUGCAGUGACUGACUAGGCCCAUUUUGAAAUGCGCAUGUAUGGUUUUUGUGUGAAAACGUAUAUCUACAGAAAUUUGGCAUGUAACUGUUACCUUGCAAUUUCUUCAAGUUUGGGAGUGGAAGGUCGCCGUUUUUACCAUCCUUUAGAUUUUAUAUUUGUUAGAUUGUCACCAAAAUUAUGUCUGUAUUUAUAAAGGUAACUAUAAAUGUUUAUAACUAUAUGUUAAAAUGUUUUAUUGUAAAUAUAUUUAUUUGUUUCACUGACUUCAGCAGCCCUAGAAUGCUGAGUUUUAAAUUAUGGACUGGGCGAACUUUGAUGUGUACUCUCUCCUGUGAAGUUAACCUACACAUAUUGGGGGAUUUGCUGUCAGCAUUUGUGUUUAUACUUGUUUUCAAGGUCAAGGUCAUUGUAAUCCAUUUGUAUUAUUUCAUACUGUUGAUGUAAUUUAACUCUUUAAAAUAAUAAAAUUUCUAUAUUACAACUUCA